AAAAUGGAAAAUGGUAAGAUACAUAAUCACUGUAGUAUUUAGAUUCCAUUGGAUAUAUUUAAAAGAAAGAGAGAGAGAGAAUGCAUUGGAAAUUAUGUCCUGCGCAACUAUUUAAAAUUACAAUGAAAAAUUUUUUGUCGGGCGCCUGGAUGGCUCAGUCAGUUGAGCGUCUGCCUUUGGCUCAGGUCAUGAUCCUGGGGUCCUGGGAUCCAGCCUGCUCAGCAGGGAAUCUGCUUCUCCCUCUCCUGCCCCUCCCUGCUACUCAUGCUCUCUCUUUCUCUCAAAUAAAGGAAUAAAAUCUUUAAAAAAAUUUUUUUGUCAAAGAUGUGUGAGGGGUUCUAUAGGUCUUCCUGUUAGGGUCCAUGAGCAGGAACUAUGUUGAAGUAUGGGCUUUAGGAUCUGGAAGGAACCUGAUUGAUUAAUCCAUCUUGAUCGGUUUAUGGAUGUGGGCACUGAGGACCAAGGAGGAUUAGUUGAUUUUCCCAAAGUCACACAGUUCAGACCCCAGGUGUACUUGCUUGCUCAUUCCUUUCACUACUUCGUGGGCCUCCACUGUACUCUGAAAUCCCACCACCAGUUCUGAGGAAUGAGGAAGGAUGACAAAAAAGGAUCUCAGAACAGUUAUUGAAUAACAGGGACAUCCCUUGGGUAGGUUGCUCUCCGCCUUGUGGCUCCAGCCCCAGGGGUCAGACUGGGAGGCCAAUGUGAGACUUGGGACCCAGGGCAACUGGUUGGAGGACACAAACUCAGGUUUUGAUGGCCUCCAAGCUGGGGAUUUUCCUUGUCGGGUCACCCCCACCCCCACCCGCAUCACGUGGCUGUGAGCCUAAUCUUUGGGGUCCUGGAAAAUCCAGCCUGGGCCACCACCAUCUCUCAUACAAUACACCUUCCACAGGACACUUGAAUUUCUUUUUUUUUUUUUUUUAAGAUUUUAUUUAUUUGACAGAGCGAGUGUACACAUAGGAAGGGGGAGUGGCAGAGGCACUUUUUUUUUUUCUGGUUUCUGCUAGCAUUUAUUUGAGAAAAUUUACACAAAAAUCCCCAAUCCAACAUUUACAAGUGAAUCCCCACUGAGCAGGGAGCCCGAUGUGAGACUCGAUCCCAGGACCCUGGGAUCAUGAUCUGAGCAGACACUUAACCAACUGAGCCACCCAGGCGCCCUAGGACACAUGAAUUUCAUCUCUUGGCCGUCAUGAUAACCAUACCAAAGAAUGGUCCCAUCUUAGAUCUGAUGUCUUGUGCAUUGCAUAACCACCAUGGUUUACAUAGGGCCAGACGAGCCACUCAGAGUCCCUCACACCAGACAGGGGCUGGGGCUGGGUCAAGCCCUACGGUCAUGGUGCACCCAAGUGGAUACCCCUGUUGGUGUGCUCCCCACAGCCUAACUUGGACAUGGCGCCAUGCACAGUCAUCUUGCGCAUCCUGCAGUGGUGGGCUCUUGUGCUCAGAAUUUAGGAGAGGGGUUGGAUCACACUGAUGAUGAGGCAGACACAGAUUUUUUUUUAAAUGGUUUCCAAGGUUUGGUUAGUUUGAAUCUCUGUGACCCCUGAUUUCCCUGCGGAGCAAACAUGGUCAGGUUGGGGUGGGGUGGGGGUGACUGGUUGACCAGACAGACAGGCAGGCCCAGGCAGGCUGUGGACAAAACACUGAACCGCAGGCCUGGGCCUCCAACAUGAACUAGAACAUGGUUGGAGCUGGGGACACAGGACGAAAAGGAAAGGACAUAGGCCACUGUCAGGACACACAACCAAAGCUAGGACCCUGCUGACAUGGCAGCCCUCCGCCCUGGCCCCUACUGCCCCCCGCCCCUCUCCCCCGCCUGCCAGCUGCCACCAGGGCUCUGCCCUGUGUCUGCCACACCUGUCACUGCCCGUCCUUGUCCGGGGGGGGCCCCAUCAGCCCCUCCUCAGCUACCCAGCAGAGCAAGCGGGUAGUGGGGAGGGGAGGGAACAUGGAGCGGGGGCCGGUGGUGGGGGCAGGGCUGGGGGCCGGGGCCCGAAUCCAGGCACUGCUGGGCUGCCUGGUCAGGGUGCUGCUCUGGGUGGCUUCUGCCUUGCUGUACUUUGGAAGUGAACAGGCCGCCCGCUUCCUGGGCAGCCCCUGCUUACGGCGCCUCUACCAUGCCUGGUUGGCAGCAGUGGUCAUCUUUGGGCCCCUUCUGCAGUUCCAUGUCAACCCUCGGACUAUUUUCGCCAGCCACGGCAACUUCUUCAACAUAAAGUUUGUGAAUUCGGCAUGGGGCUGGACAUGCACCUUCCUGGGGGGCUUCGUGCUGCUGGUGGUGUUCCUGGCUACGCGGCGUGUGGCCGUGACCGCCCGGCACCUGAGCCGGCUGGUGGUGGGGGCAGCAGUGUGGCGGGGGGCCGGCCGGGCCUUCCUGCUCAUCGAGGACCUGACCGGCUCCUGCUUCGAGCCUCUGCCCCAAGGCCUGCUGCUGCACGAGCUUCCUGACCGCCGCAGCUGCCUGGCAGCUGGCCACCAGUGGCGGGGCUACACCGUCUCCUCCCACACCUUCCUGCUCACCUUCUGCUGCCUGCUCAUGGCCGAGGAAGCCGCAGUGUUCGCCAAGUAUCUGGCCCACGGGCUGCCAGCCGGGGCCCCCCUCCGCCUGGUCUUCCUGCUCAACGUGCUGCUGCUGGGCCUCUGGAACUUCUUGCUGCUCUGUACUGUCAUCUAUUUCCACCAGUACACCCACAAGGUGGUGGGUGCUGCGGUGGGCACCUUUGCCUGGUACCUCACCUAUGGCAGCUGGUAUCAUCAGCCCUGGUCUCCAGGGAGCCCAGGCCACGGGCUCUUUCCUCGGCCCCACUCCAGCCGCAAGCAUAACUGAAAGAAAUAAAGGCAAACCUGGCCUA